CGAACUAGUUCGCUCACGCUGAGUCACGACGAGCUAGCAUUUUGUUCUAACGUGAGUGACGAAGCGCCGCGCACCAAAUUCUGCUGUUUGCCAAAGAAAAACGUGCUUAUUGCAAUUUACUUAUUUUCCGAUAGACCGACUCGUCUCUCCGCGCUAACCCUGUGCCUGUGCUGUGGCAGAACGGUCUGCAAUACUUUGUUUUGAUUCCUUGUGCCCUGCGACGACAAACAGCACAACCGCCCUAGAAAAAAGGCCCUCGUUAAGUAUGCGCUUCUCGGGCUUUCGCAAAUGUUAAUUUGAUAACAAAAAGCGGCGGCAGUGCCUUUAAUUUCAAUUAGGUGUAAAAAAAGCGGCGGAGGCGACGUUUACGCCGCAGAUUUGUAUAAGAAUAUCCCGUAUGUUCGAGGGCGAGUGUGUGUGAGUGAGCGCCGAAGAUGCGCGAAAACGUCAAUUAAUUGCUGCAACAACAACCGCACGGCGCAAAUAACGUGGGGCCAAAAGGUGCGAAUGAAGCGCAAAAAAAGAAAAAUCAAUAGGAAUAGAAUGCAAAUCGCUCGGGAACAUGUAUCGAUAUACGGCCCAAGCCCAGGUCCAAGUCAAAAUCAGCGCCAGCAGGAGCCAGCGAGUCGUCGCUAUUAAUAAACAAAAUUAAUAUCGCAAUAUCGGACGGCCGCUGCGUCGCCUACGCAGAUGAUGCGUUGCAAACGCCGAGUUGCGUAAUUGCCGCAGCAAAGUGUGCGAAUCGAGUCCGCGAAAAAACAACAAACAGGUAACUUGUAUUUCGCCGCUAAAACGUUAGAACAAAGUUCGUGGCCAGAGUCUCCUCUCUAGCGUGUGUGGUCGACCGUCUCCGUGUGCCCGUGUGUGUGUGUUUACUUCGGUGUAAGUGCAAGUUCUGUGCCAACAACAACAUGGCCGCCGCAACAGAUGGAUCUGGCUCUGCCAGGGCAGCCGCAGCAGCGGCAUCGACGUCGCCGCGAACAGCAUCCAACGGCAGCGUUCUGACCGGCAAACCGUUCGGAUCCGCCACCUCGGCUGCUGCGGCGGGUGCGGGCUCUGCGGCAGCCUCCUCCGCCGGAUUGCCCGCCUCCGUCUCCCACUUCUACUACAAGCACGGCCUCUUUCUGUCCAGCUACCCGACGUGCGCGUCCAGCAUCGCCUUCAUGGCGAUUCUGCUUUCGUGCUAUCCGUUAAUCAACAUACCUUUGCCCGGGACAAUACCCACCAAGAUUUUGCUACCCUACGAGGCUUGGUCUGGGUACAACCACAGUAGCUCCACAAUUUCACCGCCAGCACCCCCAGCCGCCGGCGAACCAUCGUCCUCCGGAACCGCCCACCCUCACAAUGGCAGUGCCACGGACCGCAGCCUGCCCCCUCUGCUGCCGUGGGCGCAAAGCAGUCCUGCUUUUUUCUAUGUCCAGCAGAUAACCCUGCGAGCCAGCGUUCUCCCCUGGACAGAGGGAAUGCAGCUGAUGGAUGCGUUCCGUGCACCACUCUAUGAAGUUUUUAAACUGCUUGAAAUUGUGCGCAAUCAUCAGAGCAACGAAAACCAGCGCACCCUAGAGCAUAACUGCUUGCACGUAGAAAACGUAAAGCGCGGGACACAUGGACAACUGGACCAGAUCUUUCCCGAGUACGGAUGCCUUCUGCUCUCGCCUGCCAACCUGUGGACUCAAAACGCUCAGAAUUUCACACGGGACACAAACAUCCUAAACACGAUAUUUCAGUACCAUAACCUGCAAAAGUCAAAGGUUUCCGCUGCUGAAAUGCUGUUUGGCCUGCCCAUGCAGGACACUGGAUUCAAGCGCUAUCCUUUGCGCGCUCGCUCACGGAUCAUACAGUAUGCCUUGACCUUGGUCCUCAAGCACAACGACGUGGAGUACUUGGAGACACUUAAAAAGAAACUGCAGCGACAUUACCCGCCGCUGCCAUUGUCACCGUCGGCAAGUGAGUCCGUGGAGGAGCCAUCGACAAUUACGUAUAUAUUUUACCCGGGAGAGUACCGGAUGUGGGAACUUGUGCCCUAUACGGUGGCUUUUAUGCUGGUGUUUGCGUACGUCUACUUCUCCGUCCGUAAAAUUGACGUUUUCCGCUCCCGCUUUUUGUUGGCUCUGUGCAGCGUAAUUACCACGGCAGGAAGCCUGGCCAUGUCGCUUGGCUUGUGCUUCUUUUUCGGCCUGACCAUUUCUCUGCAAUCAAAGGACAUAUUUCCCUACUUGGUAAUACUGGUGGGACUGGAAAACAGUUUGGUGAUCACAAAAAGCGUAGUGUCAAUGGACGAAACCUUCGACGUGAAGAUCCGUGUGGCACAGGCACUAAGCAAAGAAGGCUGGCAUAUAUCAAAAACGUUGUUGACGGAGAUUACAAUCUUGACUAUUGGCCUCGCCACAUUCGUUCCAGUCAUUCAGGAGUUUUGCAUAUUCGCCAUAGUCGGCUUGCUCUCAGACUUCUUGUUGCAGAUGCUGCUCUUUUCCACCAUCCUAGCAAUGAACAUUAAGCGGGCCGAAUACACGACAGAGGCCAAGCAUCUUCCUAAGAUGCUGCUUAGCUGCACCCAAGGGGUGGGUCGCCAGGACUUUCGCUUUUUUGGGGCCACCCCGGCGAUUCCGCCCUUUGUUCCCGGCACAUUCCAACGAUCACAGUCGCAUCCAAAGCUCUGUUUUGCAGAUGCCGCAUCUGUCAACGAACGGACAAGCAACGGCCACUCGCCACAGGAACAGCGGAUCCCCAAGCGCAUCAAGAUUGUAAACUUUUGGGCUCGGACCCGCUUCUUUCAGCGGGCUUUUAUGAUCUGGAUGAUUGUGUGGAUAUGCUCUAUAGUGUAUAACUCGGGAUGCCUGGAGCAAUUGUUUAGCAUGGAGAGUAACGGGACUAUGACUGCUACCUUUGAACUCCAACGGCGUCUACAAGCGGGACGUGGAGCCGUUAGCAGCUUUUUCGAGGGAUGGCAGGCGGACGGGCAGCGGACCACGACGAAUGUUCCCAGCAGCAACGGCUUUUCUGCUCCCUUAAAACCUCCACUCGCGCAGGAUAUCAAUGAGACGGCCGAGGAAAUGCUGCGUCUACGGUAUCCAAACUUUGACCUAAAUUAUUUCCUCUCAAACUUCCACUGGUCUACGAUCAUGAAGCAGUACAACAUUUCACUAAGUGGGCACUACGUGACAUUACUGCCAACCAUUCGGCUAAGCCAUGCCAUCGCGCCCGAGAUGGCCACAUUGUUGCGCAACCCGCAGGAGCAGCUGCAACAGAAUUUCCAGUGGAAGGCCUUGGCCGCUGCGCUCGAUCCCCUCGACUUUAACGACGACGACGUGCGACGCGAGUCCCCGAUGGUUAUGGCCGGCGGGAUGCCGUUGGUUCCUAAGAGCCCCAUGGAAAUAUUCUUCGCCAUCCUUUUGUGCUGCAUUAGCAUCUUCGUGCUCUGUUACACAAUGGUGGUUUUUUACCGCUGCAUCUGUACCAGGAACUAUGCCGAGUGGCGUUCUAGCUGGCACGAAUCUGAAGUGCCGUAUAAGCAGACUGAACAAAUCCUAGAGGGUGUGCCAACUCAAAUCGCAGGCCACAAGCAUCGCAUUGAGUGCCUGGUCUCUGACGGUGCCUACAUAAUAAGUUGCUGCCUUAAAGGCCAAAUCCGUGUGUGGGAUGCCCGCAGUGGUGAGCAGCUAACCAACAUCGGCCGAUCCGACAUCGCGAUCUCUCACCCGCGACCAGAUGGGCAGACGCUGGUACGGAAAUUGGCCGUUUCUCCGGUGUGGUGUCUGGACUACUUCGACAAUCUCAUCGCAGUAGGCUGCGCUAACGGACGCGUUGAGCUGUGGGAAUCCCCUGCCGGUUUGCUUAAAUGUGCAUACCAGGAAGACGCCAAGAGAAACCAGGGUAUAACCCACAUCCACUUGAAUGGCGAUCGGGUGAUUGUGGCACGUCUGAACGGCCGUCUGGACUUCUAUCGCUUAGAGACGUAUUACAAGGGGAAGCAGAUAGACUGGGGCUUUACCUCAGCCUACAGACGCACUCACGUGCGAACAGGAUCCACUGGAAGCCUGGGACUGAUGAUGCAGCAACAGCGCUGCCAUCAAGAUGCCGCUCAGAAGACCACUAAGGAGGAAAUGAAAAUAACAUUGGAGGGUGUAAGACUAGCCCAUCAGCAGCCAAUCACGUGCAUGCAGGUAGUCAACGACAUGGUCUUCACCGGCAGCCAGGACCACACUCUCAAGGUAUAUUGCCUAAACAAGCCGGAUGCGGAGUAUACGCUGCACGGACACUGUGGGCCCGUGACAUGCCUAUUCGUGGAUCGCUGGCAACCGGGCACCGGGGGAUCCGGUUCCCAGGACGGUCUGCUUUGUGUUUGGGAUCUGUUUACGGGUGCCUGCAUGUACAACAUCCAAGCCCACGACGGCGCCAUCAGCUGCCUGGCAUGCGCCCCUAGCUAUGUGAUAUCGUUGGGUACGGACGAGAGGAUCUGCGUGUGGGAGCGAUUCCAGGGAAAUCUGCUGACUACUAUCAAAAUCUCCAACGCCUACUCAAGUCUGCUGAUGCUAACACCUUCGCUGUUGGUGACCAGCAAAAUGGGAUCUCUUAUUGUUUGGGAUGUGCGCACUGGGCAGCCGGCUCGCGAGGUCAAGCUGGACUUUGCCAACCUACAGCUAUGCCCCAAAAUUAUGAUGCUUGCCUGCGAUUCAGUAGUUUGCGACUACGGAAAUGAAAUCCGUGUCGUCCGCUUCCCAAUCGUGGCUGACAAGUGCCACUAAAGUGCAAAAGAUGAAUUUACCGUCUCCCGCUAGCACUUAGGAAUAAGUUGACUCUCGGCUCUCGAACGCCUCGAAGCCAUUAACACAUUCACUAAGUAAUACAUAGAUACAUUGUUAGGGCUCGCAGCAAUUUACUACAUAAACAUGUAUGCCCAAUUUACAUUGUUGUGUUUUUGUGUAUUAAAAAAAUUCUAAACAAAUGUCUGUGAGACCUAAAAACUUAAAGAAAUUUAUAUUGCCAACAAUUUAAUACCUCCUAAUAAUGUCCUAGAUUUAUUGCGUUUGUAUCAUAUUUAUGUAUAUAUAUUUUUUUAAGUUUCUAGGUCCCAUAGGUGUAUGUUUAAAAGUUUUAUGAGCUUACACAAAAUGCUAUAAAGUGUUAUUCUUUGCUAGGAUUUCUUUUUAAAAUUUGCACCCUAAGGGCAUGACGAUAUGUUAAGGAUUUAAGCUAAAUGAAAAUAAUAUACACACAUAUAUUUUCGCGUAAUUAUAUUACUACAUAGUGUCUUAAAGCGCCUCAACCUAACAUAAAAUGACUAAAAGUUAAAUUAAAUACUAUAUUUAUUAGAAUCACUUUACGCUUAAUUUUCUGUAUGAAAAGUAAAACAUAAAAAAUGUA